CUUUUCCUUUUCACGAUCUCUAACCUUUUACGAUUUAACGAAUGCGUGCAGAUAUUCUUUUAUUUUGUUGUACAUGUAUACGUACGACAGUUUCAUUCAGGGCUCAUGUACGUACGACUUUGUGCACGAAAUCCGUAAGUACUAAAUUGACGAGGUAUGUCCACUUUGUUACCGGUGCGAUAAUGAAUUUGAUUCAUCUAAAUUCUAUUUAGCGGAAUUUUUAACACGUUCGGUCGGGCGUCUAUAUCAAGAAAUUUAUUCGCCCGUCUCGGGCACACGGUUAUUUCAAACACUGUGUAUGAUAUUGCAGCGUUUUACACGCCAUGUUCGAUUUUCAUAUUGUGACAAAUCAAAUAUCGAUGGAUUUCAGUACAAAAUGCGUAUUAAAAUGUAGUAAUGCUGAAAGUCGUGACUACGAACAGAUAAACAGUAUUUGUAAUAUACAUGAUUGUUUUUUCAAUUAUUAUUUCAUAAGAAACAUGCGUUUUGUACUUUUCCAAUUUUAGUACAGUAGUAAUAAUUCCUGAUGCACGUUUUUUCUUAUAAUAAGAGUGAAGUCGUGUAUUACCGAAAUGAAAAUUAUGUGUGAAAGAAAUGUCAAAAACACAGCCAAUUGAUAUUGUUUUAUGUUUAUUUAAAGCUCCUCUAAAAAUGGUAAGUAUCGCCUAUGAAAGUCACAGGUAAUUAUGUCACUUAGGUUCGAAUUCACUAUUACUAGGGAUGACAAUCGGUCAAAAUUUUAUAACCGGUUAGUCGUAAAUUCUUUUGACCGAUUAACCGGUUAAUCGAACAAAAAAGGUGGGUUUUUUUCUUUCAUGGGAGGAGUUGAAGACUCCAAAAUGACAAAUACUGUUCAACCAAAGGGAGUGUAACCACCACCCCUGAGGCCCUCCCCUAGAUCCGCCUCUGAAAUGCAUCCAAUCAAUCUCCCACUUUAAUGAAAAGCUAGAAAACAAUUUCAUUCAAAAUUUAAGAAUUAAAGAUUUACUGAAUUGUGUAUUAUAAAAACAAAGGAGGAGAGAGGGUUUGAAUAUGUACACAGUAUAAAUGAUAAGGACGUGUUGCCUCUGGAAUUACACUUCGUGACAUUUUUUCUGCUUAAUUCGGGAUAUGCAAUUGAGAAGUUAUAGGGAAAAAAGAAAUUAUGGGUUCGACUUUUUACAGUAAUGACAUGCACAAGGUGCAAUGAGAGAGAGAGAGAAAAGAAAUUGGUCCCCAUGGUAUAGUUUUGAAUAUAGUAGGGACAGGGGUUUUUACAUGUUACUAUAAAGCUUACCGAGGCUAAGUUUUGACAAAAAAAUUAUUUAGACGUGACAAGGAUUUUAAAGCUUUGCACAGGAGAUACCACAUUGAAAUAUAUAGAUAUCUAUGAUUGUGUUGAGUUAACCCAAUUCAAAUCAUAGGAAGUUAAAUCAUAAUCAAACUGAACUAUGAUCAGUGUGACUGCGAUGCGAGUUGAAUAUUGUGCUUUAAGUUUAUUCGUGUUAAGUUAAUUCGGAUUAAUUCAACUCGGUGUGAAACCGCCUUAAAAUUUAAACAGCAUGUUAUUAUGAAUAAUAUAAUAAGGAUUAGGCAGCAGGCAAUGCCUAUAUAAGCAUUCUCCUUUAAGGUACAAGGUAAAGUCCACAUAAUUAUACACACAAGAAAUUACAAUAUAGAUAUGAAGUAAAAGGAUAAUAAGUCAUUCCAAAUAUAAUGAUUAUAUAAUUAUUAUGACUUCUUGAUAUAAAUAAUAGGCUAACAAAAUAGAAAUGUGGGGUGGUUAAUGGGAUCUAAAUGACAUACAAAAGAGAAAAAAUGAAAUCAAAUAAAAAUAGUGGAAGAAAAACGAAUAAGUACAACAAGAGAAAGAAAAAGAAAGAUUGAGAGUACCGACUCAAACAUGAUAAGAAUAGACACACAUAACAAAUACACAUGUAUUAAAUGUAUUUUUAAAAUCUUUUGCUUUCUAUGAUAUAUUUCUGAACAUAUUCAAAAAUCUUUAUGUUAUCUUUGAACCCAAGAGUCUCAUCACCACUCAGCAAUAACUUUAAUGAUAUGGGAACUUGUAGUUGCAUUGCAUUUAUUGACUCUAAAAGAGCAAUUCUUUGUACUGAGUACUCAACACAUUCAAAGAAAAAAUGAUAAGCAUUUUCAGCAGGGUGACCAUACAAAUCACAAGUAGCAUCAUCUAGUAGAAAUUGACUAUGUAAGUCAAAAUUUAGAUUACUAGCAUUAUUUCUCAAUUGGCAAUGCCAGAUGUUUGCAUUGCGUUUAUCAUGAUUAAAUUGAACGUCAUUUUAUUUUCAAAACCAACCCGUCAAUGUGCUUACCGAAUUAUGUGGCCUUGACCUGUUAGUCAAAUAUGUAUAAGUUCCAGGCAGAGGGACGGACAGACGGAAAAAUAUCUGUCCCAAAUCUUCUAUCUCGGGGGCGUAAUAUCUAUUUGUCAUACCUAUUGCUGCCUUCGAUAGGUAUUUUAUAUAGCUGCUAACCUGUGAAGGGCAUCGACCUUUGGUAUACAUUCAUAGCGUAGUUUAAAUAUUUAACAAAACCGCAAAACUCCCACACACAAUUCCUGUCUAUAGUGGUGUCAGCAGAAUUAAAAUGAAAUAUAACGUGUCCUUUACGAAAUUUGGACUUUCAUUUGUUCAUGCAGUUAAUUGUUCUGUACAAAAAUUUAAGAAUUUAAUGCGGAUAAAUUUAAGAAGCUAGCCGAAAGUGCGUCAUAUUUUGCCCUUUCAUGGUUCACUCCCAGAAUUCCUGUUUUCACUUUUCUUUUCCUUUUAUUAUGAGUUUUUAUCGUUAGUCAGUGUUUGAUCAUCGACUAGUUUUUUUAUUUUCUUUCUUAUUACAUAUUUAAUAGACACACUGAUUUAAAAACAUCUCUUGCAUGAUGUUAUCGGUCUCUGUGGGUGAUUUCAUUCUGCCGGGGGCAUGAUAUUUAUGUAUAUGAUUCUACCGGGGAAUUUCAACGUGGCCUAUUGAAGAAAUAGGAUGCGGGUGUGCAAGCUAAGACACGUUUAUUUCGAAUUCUUGGUGGAAGUUUUCGAAUAUUUCGCAAUAAUAAGGGUAAGAACUAAAAAUAUAUGACACAUUCAAAAUGUAUAUUUAGUAAUGAAGGGAAAUACAGAAAUGCCUUCAGGACUCUAUAUAAGUCUGUUUUAUCUACAAGUAUUUAAUAAACGUUAAUAUGUUUUCCUAUAAAAAACUCCUUACGUGCAUAACUCUGUAUUAUUUAAAUAUAUCACAGAGUUUGGCUUUUCCAUCGAAUGUGGUGCAAAACAAAGUCAAAAACAGUCGACUACAACACCGUCCUCUAGCCUUCUUGCAGUACAAGCAAUCCACGUCCAAACACGGAAUUCUAAGCUGGACGCAGACUGAAAAGAAUUCGUAUGUUCACGGCGGGAUUGACUUUUCGGAUGGAAGCUACCUUAUUCUGCCAUCUAGUGGUUAUUACGAUGUGCAGACGAGAAUUCAAAUGGACACUUACACAUUGGACAUGCCGCCAUCGAAGGAGUUGUUAAUGCGACUGGCUGUUAAUGUAAUGGAUCAAAACGGCAAUGUCAGAACCCUAGUCGAAGAAAAAUUUAUUCUUGGACCAAAGCAUAUGUUUGGAAAGCAGCUGGGACCAGCCACGUUUUACUUGUCAAAGGGAAGCGCUGUGUAUGUCGUCAUGAAUAAUCACGAGUGCAUCAAUCCAAGUAAACACAACAUGUUCGGUGUAAAGAAAUGGUUCCUUUAAGAUGCUGAUGUACGAAUUCGUACAUGGGAUUAGUUUUGUCUGUUUGUUUGUUGUUGUUUGUUUUUUUAUUUUCCUUUGAAAAAUGGAAUUCAUGUUUUAUUUAUCAAGUAUUGUCACUGCAGAUAGCAGUAUAAAAAUAUCAAACUCGUGUCUUUCACAAACAGGACUAGCAUUAAAAAUUUGUUUCCUCCUUGGCAUCUUGCUAUUUUGAGCUAUGGUAGGUGGGUAGGGAAAAUGUUUUAACAUCCUCCUGAAUAUACAUUAUCAGAAUGACUGUAUAUUAUCUACAGAUAUAAAAUAUCCCUGAUUAUAUCUAUUAUGCAUAUACCAAAAAUUGAAUUUUCUUGAACGAAACAUUCAAGUAAAUGCCUUGCACUCAAAAAUUGAUUUUAAAGAUAUCGUAUUUGAAAAAGGUAUGUUUAAAAAUACCCGUUUUUGGUCGACCUCAAAGGGGAAACAAUCAUCAAUUAACUCAGUCCCAUUACUGGCAGCAAAUACAUGUACAUUAAUUUCAUUUGUAAUCUUUCAUCAAGUGUUUUAAAUGUGAGAAUAAAAUAUAUAUUUUCAAA